CACCCUCCCCAAUUCUUCCAGUCAUUCUCUCAUCCCCACUCCUCUCACCUCAUAACCUCAUAUCUCAGGAGUGCAGCACCCUUACCACCUCUCUCUGUCUCCCUAUCCACUGCAGGAUUUUUCUCUCCCAUCAGUUUUAAUUUUUAAAGCCCAGGACUACACCUCCAGCCUUUUCCUCAUCUUCUUCCUCUUGAUCUUCUCAUUUCGAUUUUUUUGUUUUUUGUCCAGCCACUUCUUGUCUGGACGCAGGCUUUAGGAGAGGAGAGAGAGAUAGAGAGAGAAGAAGAAGUAGGGUCAGCAUGCUGGAGGCCGGGCCGAGGAAGGUGCCGAGAUGGCCGCAGUGGAGGCAGCUGCUCCCCGCAGCCUCCCUGUGGCUGCUGCUGCUGCUGCCGCUCCUGCUGCUUGGGCCGGCGGGCUGUGAGGCCAAGCGUCCGCCCAAGAUCCCCCGCUGCCCCGCUACCUGCUCCUGCACCAAGGACAGCGCUUUCUGCGUGGACACCAAGGCCAUCCCCAAGAGUUUCCCCCCGGGGAUCAUCUCCCUGACGAUGGUAAAUGCUGCCUUCAGUACGAUUCCAGAGGGAGCAUUCUCUCACUUGCACCUGCUCCAGUUCCUAUUAUUGAACUCAAACACAUUUUCUUUGAUUGCUGAUGAUGCCUUUGCUGGUCUAUCACAUUUGCAAUAUCUGUUCAUUGAAAAUAAUGACAUCCAGUCGCUUUCAAAGCAUACAUUCAGAGGACUAAAAUCCCUAACGCAUUUAUCUCUGUCCAAUAAUAAUCUACAGGGUCUUCCUCGGGAACUCUUCAAGUAUCUUGAUAUCCUCACAGACUUAGACCUGCGUGGUAACGCGUUCCGCUGCGACUGUAAGAUCAAAUGGCUGGUGGACUGGAUGGAGAAAACCAACACAUCUGUGCCAGCCAUCUACUGCGCCAGCCCCUUUGAGUUUCAGGGCCGUCGCAUCCAUGACCUCACCCCACGGGACUUCAACUGCAUCAGCGCAGACUUUGCUGUGUACGAGACUUUCCCCUUCCAGUCCCUGUCUGUAGAGUCAUAUGAGUUUGGUGGAGACCAGUAUGUGGUGUUUGCUCAGCCCAACACUGGAAUUUGCACAGUAUUCAUGUGGGACCAUGUGGAGAUGGUUUUCAGGAAGACACACAACAUUACAUCUCGGUCAGCGGUCUACUGCAAGCCUGUGGUUAUCAACAACACACUCUACAUGGUGGUAGCCCAGCUUUUUGGAGGAUCCCACAUAUACAAAUGGGAGGAAGGCCCUCUAAGAUUUGUGAAGAUCCAAGAUAUUGACACAACCCGUGUGCGUAAGCCUAACUUUGUGGAGACCUUCCAGAUAGAGGGGGAUUGGUACUUCGCUGUGGUGGACAGCUCCAAGGCAGGCUCGACCAGCAUCUACCGCUGGAACAGCAACGGCUUUUACUCCCAUCAGUCCUUGCACCCGUGGCACCGUGACACCCACGUGGAGUUCCUGGAGGUGGAGGGCAAGCCGCGGCUCAUCCUCUCUAGCGCCUCGCAGCCCCCAGUGGUCUAUCAGUGGAAUCGCAGCCAGCGUCAGUUCGCCUUCUACUCGCAGAUCGCCGACACGGCCGACGUGCAGAUGGUCAAGCACUUCUGGAUACGCAAGGUGCUCUACCUGUGCCUCACGCGCUUCAUCGGAGACUCCAAGAUCCUGCGCUGGGAGGGCCAGCGCUUCGUGGAGAUCCAGACACUGCCGUCGCGUGGCUCCAUGGCAGUCUACCCGUUCAGCGUGGGUUUGAGGCAGUACCUCCUGCUGGGCAGCGACUACUCCUUCUCUCGGGUGUACCUGUGGGACGACCUCACUCAGCGUUACCAACCCUUCCAGGAGCUCAACUUGCUCGCCCCUCGGGCCUUCAGCCUCAUCAAUGUGGACAACAAGGACAUCCUACUUGCCGCUAGCUUCAAGGGAAAGACCCUGGCUUACCAACACCUAGUGGUGGACCUGAGUGCAAAAUAAUGUGUUGCUUUAAAUUAGCUGCUGCUUGUGUAUAAGCAAAACUUCAUGAAUGGCAGAGUUUUUUUUUUUUAAAUGUGGAUUCCCAAAGAAACAUGGGUCUUUAUUUCAUAAUGUGGAAUUUUUAGUUGUAGGUAAAUGAUAGCAAUGAAUGAAGGCCACAAACAUUGACAACUUAAAAAUAAUCUGUCCUCCAAAAUGUAACAAUCUAAACCUGAAAUUGAAACCUCUAAAGUUCAUGUUUCUAUGAGUGGUAGGAAAAUAUACGUAUAGAGGAUAUUCUCUUGUUCCUCUACACUUUGAUCAGCUGUAUAAUGUUGUGGUGAGCAAAGAUUAUAAAUGUAGCUUAGAUCUAUGGUUUUUCAUCUAAAUGAAAUGGUCCAAUUUGGGCAUUUUGCUUUGCAUUUUUGAAAGAUACCAUUUAAUACAUUUCACCCAAGUAUAGGCUUCUGUAUGUUUGGAAGUACAUCUGUCAUGAUUUUCAACCGAACUUUGAAAACUAACAUUUUAAUAGAUAUAGAUGACAUUUUAACAGUGACUAAUUAAAAAUGCACCUGAAUGUCCUGCUCAGGUGUGUAGGAACAAAGUUAGAGGUGUACCUUACAGAUUUGUAGUCCUUCAGACUGCCCAAGCUCACAAACUUUCAAACUUGAAUACACAAACAUGUAACAUGGUAAUAUGGUUACCUUCACACAAUGCUGUAUAAUUACUUAACAUACGUUUGAAAGUCUGAAAGCAACGUCAGUGUCAGGAAUUCCUCUACUUGGGGGAUAAAGGACACAUUGGAAUGCUCAUUGUUUUCUGUUGUGGCUCUUGCCAACUAUUUAUACUUAUUUUAAAAGCAUGUAGCUAGAUGCAGUGCUAUCAUGGUGACAUGACUGUUACAGGAGAGACAGUGAGGUCAUUUUUACUAACAUUCAUUUACCAAGUGCUCAAAUGACCAAAUAUAUAAGGGUCUAGUUUGGAUUAUGCCUAACAUGUAAUGAAAAUAUUUCAUCAAUAUACUGUGAUCUGCAUGCAUGGCUUAAAUGAUAUAUGCUGUCAGAAUACAAUUUUGAAAGACCCAUUUGAUCUGAAGGAAAUUACUUUAUUGUACCAUUACACAUUUCUUUGGUUUCCACACUUACACAAAAUAAGUAACAAGCAAUAUGUCUUUAAAAGUCUAAAGACAAAUGUGUAUUAUUUGUUUUGCUCUUUGUUCUUUGAGGUGGUUAGUAGUUUGGCAUUAGUACAGUUUAUUGGCUGUAUGUUGCUAUGAUAGAGCACUCUCACUAAGCAUUUUAGUGUAUGUGAGUGAAUGUUUAGUAUGGAAAUGUUUGCAGUUUUUUCUGUCUGGGAUGAAGACUGUUUUUAGAAUAUUUUUGGUGAAGAGUAUUUUCAGACUAUUUUUGAUGCCAGUUAAUGUAGUGAAACUAUUUGUGGCUUAAUGUGGUUUCUUUGCAUAGAAUAACACAUUAAUCUUAAUUCCACUUUGAACAAACACAUUUGCCUUCAUUGUGCAUCUCCUCAUCAUGAGGCAUGUUUUUGCCUUAAAAAGCACUGUGCUUCAUGAAAGUCUUGGGUAAACCAGAAUCUUAGUAUAGAUUUGUUGUGACAGUUGCCAAAUAUAUUUGCUUGAAAAACACAUUAGGCUACCAAUGAGCAUAUCCAGUAGUUCCACCGCACUACUGAGAACAGUCCAGUGCUUCUCAUGUGCAAGAAAAGGAAAUACUGGAGCACAGACGUUCAAAAUGCUCGUUAAAUAAAAAAGUUGGGUAACACUUUACUUGAAGGUAUCUACAUGAGAGUGACAUGACACUGUCAUGACACAUGACCCCUAACCUUUA